AUGGCGCGUUCUCAACACCAUGAUUCUGCUGCCGCCACAGUGGACGAUCAAGUUGAGAAUACGAUGGAGACGGUUCUCUCUAAUGAUGUCAAAAAAGACCAUACCGACUACGACCGAGUCGACAAAGAACUCGCCAAAUACAUCUCAGAUGCCAGAAUUACAAUAUCUCCCGAGAAGAAUGAAGAACUGCGGCGAAAAAUCGAUCGACGCAUCUUGGCGGUCAUGAUAUCGACGUAUUUCUUGCAGGCUAUUGACAAAGGCACCAUGUCAUUUGCUUCUAUUAUGGGCAUUCGAGACGAUACACAUCUGAGUAAACAAGAUUACAACUGGUUGACAACAUGCGUCUUCCUUACGAUCCUCGUCGUUGAAUACCCCCAAAACUACAUAAUUGCCCGCGUUCCCAUUGCGAAGUACCUCAGUUUCAACAUCAUGGCCUGGGGAGCCGUGCUCGCAUCCACAGCCGCAUGCAGCAACUUUGCAGGCCUUGUCGCUGUGCGCACAUUGCUCGGCCUCUUCGAGUCGGUUUGCCAGCCGACGUUUGUAGUGCUGUCUGCCAUGUGGUAUAAGCGAGAGGAGCAGGCCUCUCGAGUGACAUACUGGUACAUGAUGAAUGGAGCGCAGCAAAUUGUAGGCGGCCUCCUAGCAUACUGCUUCAGUCUCAUCAAAACCGGACCCCUCAAGUCCUGGCAGUGGCUGUUCCUCAUCUACGGCGUCAUCUCCGUCUUCUUCGGCCUCUUCGUCAUGUGGUGGAUGCCCGAUUCCCCCAUGCGGGCAAAGUGCUUCACCGAGGAGGACAAACACCUCAUGGUCGAAAGAGUCCGCGACAAUCAGACCGGUAUGCAGAACCGAAAGUGGAAAAAGGAGCAGUUCAUCGAGGGUCUCACGGAUCCCCAAGUCUGGGGGUAUUGUCUAAUCCAACUCUGUACCACGCUGCCAACUUCUGGGCUCGGUGCGUUCCAAGGCAUUAUUAUUCAGAGCAUGGGAUUUUCCGUGCUAGAGACACAAUUGCUGGCUAUGGUUUUGGGCUUCUAUAUCAUUAUUGUGCUUCUUGGUUCGUCGUGGCUAGUGAAGAAGACGAAUCAGAAUCUCUAUGUAAUGGGUGCUUUUGUGAUUCCGUCCUUUAUUGGAACAAUUUGCCUAAUGACGGUUCCGCUAGACACGCGAAGCCAAAAGAUUGGCCUCGUGGUAUGCUACAACAUCACAAUGUCCUUCUGGGCAGCUCAAACGCUAGCACUGUCCAUGCUAUCGCGCAACAUCGCAGGCCAGACCAAGAAGACAGUUGCGGUGGCGAUGAAUUUCAUCAUUUGGGCUACAGGAAAUGCUAUCGGCCCCCAGGUCUUCUUGUAUUGGAAUGCGCCUCGAUACUUUAUUGCGUUUGCUACACACCUCGGAUGCUAUAGUUUAUUGGUGAUUGUCAUUCUUGCCUUGAGAUUCUAUCUCGUGAGACAGAACAAUAAGCGGGAUGAGCUAGCGGCUGCUGGAGUGCACGAGGCUCGCGACGACAGGAUGUUGCAUGCCUGGGAGGAUUUGACGGAUAAGGAGAACCCCAACUUCCGUUAUGUCUUUUAG